CGGUUAAUUUAUCUUAUUGAGGGCGAUCCAAAUCUGAUAGACGGCGCGGAAAGCAUUAAAACUGCAGCUCUGACAACCGAAAUACUUGAAGGAUUCGACGUCCAGAGGACACGAGACACUCACGACACAAUAAGCAGAUAUGGAGAGCUUACGAAUGCAAUCAACAGGCGUUACAGCGGUGAGACAGGUGGCUUGUCUGGUGAAAGCAAGCGAUGCAUGAGCUACCAGGAGUUCCUGGAGCACUGCAGCGACGUCGAGAAGGAAAGAGUGAGAGAUGUGUUCGGGGUGCAACUCAUGCAAAUAAGGCAUGUAACGGAGGACAUAGCUCUUUCCAUCCUGGACAGGUAUCCAACUGUGUUGGCUCUGGCUCAAGCAUACACUGCGCUGGAAGGAGAUGUUUCCAAACAAAAGAAUCUUUUGACAGGGCUUGGGAUUCUAAACAAGAACAAAUCCAUUAGCAGUGUAGUGAGCAGAAACGUUUACAACUUUUUCUGGGCUCCAUGACGAUUUUUCUACUUGCAACCGUUGGCUAAAGGAUAGUAUACAGCUCUUUUGACUCCCUCAAAUCACAUUAUAACCCAGGCUGUGAUCUUGCGAGCUCACACCGAGGUCAGCAAACAAGAUAACCUGUUUCCUCAUUAAUGAAGCUUGCAUUUCGUGCAGGCAUAGAAAUCUAGUCUGGUAUCUAUUUAACGCCGCUGAAAGUUGAAGUGCUUGAUGCAAAACGCGAAGACGAGGAUAGAAAGGAUGACAAAUGCCACAUGCACGCCGGCCAUGAGGCCCAGAAAGUCGUAGCGAAAGUUGAACCGGUCCCUGAUAAAAUCCUCCACUCGGACUGGUGCUUGCUCUGGUAUUUGCAUGAAGGAUUUCACGUCUCCGAGCUGGGAAGUUAUCAAGCCGUAUAGAGUCCAUGCAACGGGAGAAAUCCAGUAAUACCACUGCCACCACACGGGGAUUUGCUGUAUCGGUACAAAGCAAAACAUGUUAACGAAGUAAGUAUUUUCCAGUC